UGAUACGCAUCUGCCACUGAGGAAUCUGUCAAAAGUUGAGAUUUGGAAAGGUAUGACAAUGGCACUUGUCCAGGUAGGAGGAUAUAUUAAACAACUACACAUCUUUACCAUGGCAACAGCAGCUGAGGACAGCAUAAAUUGAACAUGGGUGAUCUUAGGAUACUGACAUUCUCGGUACCAACCCCAAGAAGCAAUUUUGUGCUCUCCUGUCUCUCCAGUCAUGAGCUACAACUAUGUUCAGAGCAGUUCUUCCAGAAGUGGAAGUGGGCUCUCUGCUCGCCUUUCUGGUGGAGUUUUUGGUUCAUCGAGUACCCAUGGAGGUUUUGGGGGAUCGGGGAUUUCUCAAAGCAGUGCAAGAUUAGUAUCUUCUGGCCUGGGUGGUCAUUUUUCCUCCAACUUUGGUGGUUCGUCUUUUGGUGGUGCUGGAGGUUCUGGUUUUAGUGCCGGCAGUGGAGAUGGCUUGCUCUCUGGAAACGAGAAGUUUGCCAUGCAGAACCUCAACGGACGUCUGUCUAAUUACUUGGACAAGGUGCGCUCACUGGAAGAAGCCAACACCGACCUUGAGAAAAAGAUCCACGAGUGGUAUGAGAAGCAAGGGUCAGUCACCGUACGUGAGCAGGACUACGCACAUUAUUACACCACAAUUGAUGAGCUGCGUGAGAAGAUCUUGAACGCUACCAUUGACAACAAUCAAAUUCUCUUACAAAUCGAUAAUUCGCGGUUGGCCGCUGAUGAUUUUAAACUUAAGUAUGAAAAUGAGCUCUCUCUGCGUACGAGUGUUGAAGCGGACAUCAAUGGCUUGCGCAAAGUCUUGGAUGAAUUAACCCUCUCCAAAGCAGACUUGGAAUUGCAAAUUGAGAACCUCACCGAGGAACUUGCAUACCUGAAGAAGAAUCAUGCAGAGGAAAUGAGUGAAAAGGGCCAGAUGAUGAGUGGUACAGUAAACGUUGAAAUGGAUGCAGCUCCUGGAACAGAUUUGACCAAGAUAUUGUCCGAAAUGAGAGAUCAGUAUGAAUACAUCGCGGAAAAGAAUAGGCGGGACGCGGAAGCUUGGUAUAUAGCUCAGAGUGAAUCACUACAGAAAGAAGUUGUUACCCACGUCGAGCAAGUACAUACCACUAAGACCGAGAUAAGUGAGCUAAGACGUACCUUGCAGGGACUCGAGAUUGAAUUGCAAUCCCAAUACAGCACGAAAUCAGGUUUUGAAGCCAAUCUCGCAGAAACGGAGUCCCGUUACUCUGCCAAGCUUGGUCACAUUCAGUCUGUCAUUGGUGGCAUCGAGCAUCAGCUGGGAGAUCUUCGGUCAGAAAUGGAACGCUGCAAUCUGGAGUACAAGAAUCUCUUAGAUAUCAAGGCCCACCUUGAAGCGGAGAUUGCAACAUACCGCAAGCUGAUGGAUGAGCACAGUGGCAGCACUGAAGGAUCUGGCAAAGAGACCUCAGUUUCAGGUUCUAAAGUGACCACCACGACAACCACUACAAAAGUCCAAGUUGCUUCGAAAGAAGAGUCGACUGCUGUUGAAAAGAAGUGACCUAACAUUUGCAUCAAAACAAAAAUCCAACAAACCCCAUUAACUAGGAGUGUAACCAGUCAAUUAGACCAUGAUAGCCAUUUCUAUUGUUUUGUUAAUGCUUUAUCUGCUACAAUUAUGGAUUCUGUAUUCAACACACACAUCUCUACAGUCAAUGGAAACCAAAAAUAUUUGAGAAAAUAAGGGAUCUUUCAAUGAGAACACAGAAUCACUGUUCUAUCUAAAUAUCAUAGAUGUGUGCACUUGAUGUAUUAAAAGUCAGGGAAUGUAUAUUCGUGUAUUAACUAGUCCAGAACGGACUUCAUGAAUGCUCUGCAUCAUAAAAUGUUUGCAGCUUCCCAAGUAAAAACCUAGAUGUAAAGAAAAAGAUGUAAAGUUCGUUUUACAAAAAUAUUUAAUGGAUACAAUCCAAAAUUUCAGGUAUUUAAACCUCUGCUCUUUACAAAGCUGUGACUCAACAAGAAAUGUCAGCUGUUAUGAAAAGUACAUUUUUCAAAUAUGAACACUUCUAGCUACCCCUCCGUAUCACUAUGAUUUCAAAUGUUAUGCUUGUCUUAUGCCAUGUACUACAACCAAACAAGAAGAGUUUCCAAAACAAUUUUUGCUGCCAUUGAGAUAUCUGUAUAAAUGUUCUCCACGCAGGAACCAGCAGUACAUUAAUAAAUGAUACACAGCAACCAAA